AUGGAAUGGAGCGAAGCGAUAAAGGACAGCGUGGACCGCAUUCUGGAGACCGGUGAACACGAGGGAAAGCACGCCCCAAAAGACAGCUCCUUGGACCGCGCGUCCAAGACGACCCUCGAGUCGGAAAUCAUCGGAGGCCGUGGGGGUAAAUCGCAGGCCAUCCGCAUGGUGGAGAAAACGGAAACGUGCAACAAUGGGACGGUGAACAUCGAGCUCAAGGUCCACGACACCUUUCCCGACGUGACGGGCCAGCCCAGUGAGAUCACGCAGCGAUAUCACCAAGAAACGACCAAGGCCACUGUGGAACCCGACGGACAGGUGGCCAAGGUGACAGUACACCACAAAGAGGAUACCGGGGAGCUGACCAAUUCCCUGGUCGAAAAGGAAUCACUAUCGCGGACCCACAACCAUCACAAGCUCGAAGAAAACGUAGCUGACUACAACGAGCAGCUCCAUGCCACAGAGGUGGAUCUAUAUCAGAAGGACCAGACCCGGGGGGAGGCCCAGAAGGUCUUUUCCACAGGCUACGAGGUUAUUUCCCAGGAGAGGACUGUAUGGGAUCACUCUAGAUCUCGGUCGAGAAGUGGUGAAAGGAUCAAGCCUAAACCCAUCAUCUGCGCAGAGGACCCUGAUGUGGCCGAAAAGCUCGCCGUCGUCCAAGACGACGAAACGGUACAGCCGGCUGUGAUGAUUGAGACUACCAGCUACGUCACAAAUGCCGAGAUGGCUCAGGUUGCACAUCUCCAUGGCACUCCGAGCGAAAAGAUUGUCAAGCCUGACGACACAAAGAACAUCUGGAGGGUGGUUUUUGCAGAUGACAAGUCGGCGUCUUUGUUCCUCUAUGCCAUGCAGAAAGAGCUGUUUCGCCAUCCAGGGUUUCUCGGCGUUUACCGUGAUCAUGCAGAGGCGUUGAAUACCGAUGGGCUGUCUAAGCGGGGUCGCAGUCGGGAGAGACGCCGUGACGACUACAUUGACGGGGUUCGGUCUCGCAGCCGGUCUCGCAGUUCCGAAGAUAAAAGAACCUGUGUGAAGCGGGUGAAUUGGACCAACCAGUUAGAAUCGAUCCAUAAAUAA